CUGUAUUUACCAGUCAUGUCUGACUUGAGCUCUAGAAUGUUGAUUUGGCUGUAUUUACCAGUCAUGUCAGACUUGAGCUCUAGAAUGUUGAUUUUACUGUAUUUACCAGUCAUAUCUGACUCGAGCUCUAGACUGUUAAUUUGGCUGUAUUUACCAGUCAUGUCUGACUAG